AUGGAUUACGAACCCUACGAUAGUAGCGGAACUGAUGAUGAUCUUCCGCCAACACAUCAAAAUAGAAUUCCUAGAGGGGCACGUGUUGCUGGGAACGGAAGAUCUGCAGUAGGUUCAAUGUCAUACCCCAGGAUGUAUGGUGAAAUUGACAUGGAAACUCAAAUUCACCAACUUGAGCAAGAAGCGUAUAGUUCAGUUUUACGAGCCUUCAAAGCUCAAGCUGAUGCCAUUACUUGGGAGAAGGAAAGUUUGAUAACAGAACUAAGGAAAGAACUAAGAUUAUCAAAUGAGGAACACAGAGAACUUCUAGGCCGUGUUAAUGCAGAUGAUGUCAUACGAAGGAUAAGGGAGUGGAGACAGACAGGAGGCCAUCAAACUGGUGUGCUGAAUUCUGGACAAGUUAUUCAUGAUUCAGCUCCAAGUCCAACAGUCUCUGCAUCUCGUAAAAAGCAGAAGAUAACAUCGUCUGUACCAUCACAAUCUUUUGGUGGGCCUUCUCCUUCAUUUCACCCCCAACCAGUGGCUGCACCCCACCAGCCAUCUUCUUCUGUUGGAAAACGCGGUUCUGUUCCGGGACACAAGGGCAAGAAGCAGAAACCUGGCCAAGUAUUACCAGGAGCAUCUUCUAUAAAGCAAUACCCUUCAUCAGGACCAGGAGGCAGGAAUCAAGUACCUAAUAGAGUUACUUCUGGUACGGUCGCAGGUGAGCUUGCUGAGGGAACAUCAUUUGAUUCACUCAAUGGUAGGAGAUUACGGACAAGAUGGCCCGAUGACAAUAAUUUCUAUGAAGCUGUUAUCACCGACUACAAUCCAGUAGAACGUCGACACCAUCUGGUCUAUGACAUGGGGAGUACAAAUGAAACAUGGGAAUGGGUUAAUCUUUCAGAGAUCUCUCCCGAAGAUAUUCAGUGGGUAGGUGAGGAUCCUGGGAUCAACCGCGGGGGUUUUGGCGGAUCUGGUCGUGGGAUGAAUAGAUCAGUAGGUCGUGAUAGUAUUCCAGGAGCUGGAAGAGGAGGUAGGGGAGGUACAAAGGGGCAAUCCAAAAAAGAUUUGUUGCCAUCACAGAAUGGAAUCGGAAAGAAGGCAUUGGAAGAUAUACAAUUACGUCACACAGACACACUAGUUAAAGAGGUGGAAAGGGUGUUCAGUGCAAAUCAUCCUGAUGCACACGAAAUUGAGAGAGCCAAGAAACUAUUGAAGAAUCACGAGCAAGCUCUUAUAGAUGCAAUUGCAAGACUUGCAGAUCUUUCUGAUGGUGAAAGUGACGAGGGUGGUCACCAUUUCUCACAUAAAUCAAUGGAUCGUGAAUGA